AUGCUACAUCUCUCCCACCCUCUAUUUUCCUUAUCUCACACUCACCACAUUGCCUUGUUAUCAGUAUCGUUCAAAUUUUCAUUCACCAUCACUCAUAUCUCACACUCAAAUGCUGCCCAAAACCAAUACCUCUCCACAAAACAUCAAAGUUCAGCAUGUCCCAAAGCCCGUGUCUGAUAGGUUGCUACAGAAGUUCAACGAUGACUCACCGUUUGAUUUUGAUUAUGAACAAAGUGGGUUGUGGUCUCCUCCGGUUCCACGCACGGUGUUCUUGAACUCACCCGGAAGGAUAUUGACUGAGCAAGAGAUGCUUCAAAGACUCAGAAGAAAAACUGCUCCAAGAAAACAUGCCAAAAAGUUCAGAGUUUGUUUCACUGUACACUCAUACUUCUUGGUGUUCUUCUGUGCCUGAUAGUGAAUGUAAACAAACUGCCAAGAUUUUUCUUCACUGUUUCUUGUUUACAAUACAAAAGUGAAUUAAUCCGAAAUUUUCGCUAUGAUUGUAGUAUCAUAUUCACAGGAAUUUACGUGUAUUUCUAUUC